GAGCUGUCGGCGGCCCUUUGCAUCUUCCGUGCAUUGAUGGAAGCAACUUGACUUUCAGCAAUGCCAACUAUUCAACUUGAGUGUUUCCCUGCGGUGGUAGAUUGGGGUGCACAGUGCUAACGUGUCUUUUUAUUUCUCCCGAGUACCUUCGCUUCCAAGCGAAGUUGGGUUGUUUGUGAGAGGAGUCGCCUGCUGGAGCUGCCUUAAGUAGAUUGUAUAACUAUAUUUUAUUUAGGUGGAUGUUGCUAUUGGUACCAGCUAGUGUUAUGGUAACUGGGCAUCCCAGAGGCAAGGGAAGGAGGAGUGACUUACUCUUGCAGUUAAAAAAAAAAAAAAACAAAAACAAAAACCACAACUACCUUGUACUUUUCACCCAGAAGGACCUCGAGGCAUUUGGCAAGUGUUAACUAGCUGUUCGUUGUAGUUUUAUAGGAGAGGUACAGAGAGAGCAUCACCGUCCUGUUUCACAGAUGUAAAAACGGAGGCAAACAACCAAGUCCUCCGAUUCUUUACUAAUCUUAAAGGAAUAUGGACCAAGAAAUUUAACCCUGAGUUUCCUGGAAUUCCAGGAAUUCCUAGUGCAUAAGGCCACACAGAGGUAAAAUGGAAUGUUGGAACAUCUUCCCUGAGAUUGUACAGAUGAGUUAAAAGUCAAAGAGGCUGCGGCCAGGUGUCGGCAGCUUCCUGCUUGAGACUCAGCUCUGUCACAAAGUUAAGUGAUGCUGGACAAGUCACAGCUGCUCCCAGCAUGUUUCCUAUUGUCUAAAAUGAAGGGAACAAAGGUGCUGUAUUCUUUGCUAAGUUGUGUGAGUGUGUCUGGAAGCUCCACUCCCUUGAGCUGCGUUUGGUGAUUGUUAGUUGUCGUGGACUCAUAAAGGCUCCCAUUCUUGGGCUCCCUUUAGAAAUGCAGGGAACGAGGCACCCCCAGAAUGAAUAACUGCCUCUUCUUCACUAGGGACACCUGAGGAUUCAUGUCAGGGAGAGGCUGAGGCAGGGACCCUGACCUGGGCAGCGUGGGGGAAAGGUUUGUUGGGUGGAGGUAGGAAGGCGCCCUGCACAGGCAGCUUGACACAUGGGCCCUAUUCCUGCCUCCAGCUCUGACUCAUCUUCUGACGCUUGGGGGAGGAGAGGUAGUUGCUUGAUAUUUUUGGCUUUCCCCCAUAAAACAGGAGACGGUUUCCUUCAUUCCAAGUGCUUUUAACGUCAGUGUCAAACGUGUCUAUGCUGAGUUCUCAUCUGAAAUCUUUUAUAUUGGUAGAGUGAAGAUCUGAUUUGUAUCCACUGUGAUCACUCUCAAUUAGGACUUUCCAGAUCCUGACCAGGACUGCAGAGUGACCAGAUUCCUCACAAGAAGGAGACGGUGAUUUUGGAUUCCUUGGUGGAGGAAAACAAAACCCUCUGGUCUUGCUUCCAAUGAUGCAAGUGUGAUUGCUGGCAUCUUCAUGAGCUCCAGAGGUCACAGCACGCUUCCACGGACUCUCAUGGCCCCUCGUAUGAUUUCUGAGGGAGACAUAGGAGGCAUCGCUCAAAUCACCUCCUCUCUCUUCUUGGGCAGAGGCAGCGUGGCCUCUAACCGGCACCUCCUUCAGGCUCGUGGCAUCACCUGCAUUGUUAAUGCUACCAUUGAGAUCCCCAAUUUCAACUGGCCCCAGUUUGAAUAUGUUAAAGUGCCUCUGGCUGACAUGCCUCAUGCCCCCAUCGGACUGUACUUUGACACGGUGGCUGACAAGAUCCACAGUGUGAGCAGGAAGCAUGGGGCCACCUUGGUGCACUGUGCCGCGGGGGUGAGCCGCUCGGCCACCCUCUGCAUUGCUUACCUGAUGAAAUGCCACAGUGUGUGCCUGCUGGAAGCCUACAACUGGGUGAAGGCCCGCAGGCCCGUCAUCAGGCCCAACGUCGGCUUCUGGAGGCAGCUGAUAGACUACGAGCGCCAGCUCUUUGGGAAGUCGACGGUUAAAAUGGUACAGACACCUUAUGGCAUAGUUCCAGACGUUUAUGAGAAAGAAUCCCGACACCUGAUGCCUUACUGGGGGCUGUAAUGCCACCACAGCCUGCAUCAGCAGCCCCUUGAGCAGUACCAGCAUCUGCUACACACCGUCUAUUCCCCUCUUCACCUUCCUUUUCAAAUGGUGGACUGUUGGUUCUCCCUGAAGUGUUUUUUACACUGGGUGUUCAAGUUUAUUUUAAAAGAUAGGGAGGGAGGGGAAGAAUAUAAGGGGAAUGCAUACAUUGCUAGUAACAUUUUUAAAACUAACAUUUUGGAAUAGUGUUUAUGAAAAUCUUUAACUGGCUUUUAAUCAUUUUUAACAAUUUGAACAGUUUAAUAAACUGUUUGGUUCUGCUGUAUUCUGAAUCCCAGGCCUUUAGGCAUCAUGGCAGGUGCGGGAGGAGCUCAGUGCAAAAAUCACUUUGGGUCCUGAUGAACCCUUUAGAGACCAGCUUUGCCCAAGGCUGCCGACCAAAUGCUUAGGGAAGAUUGAUACCAGCUUCAGUCUCUACUGGAUUAGCCCUACUCUUUCCUUUCCUAUUAUUGACUCUGUAAGUUAAAAAAAAAAAAAAAAAAAAAAAAACCUUAUCUAGUUGUUAAGUAAUUAUAAUGAAAUCUGCUGCAAAUACCCUCUUGGAAUCAUUGUGCCCCAGGACUAUAUUAGCAUUAUUUUUAAUAAAUAUAUCUGCAUAACA